AUUCCGUUUGUAAGUUAUGCAUUAUGCAAUAGUCUCACAUGCAAUUCUGUUUGGCGCUUAACUAUCCCAACGGUUGAACCGCAAGGAACUCCAAACUCGGUUUAAUGCAAAUAAACCGGAAAGUCUGACUAAAGCAACUAAAGUAAACGCAUGUUUGGCCUUGUCUUGUGGGGCUUGUUAAUAAAAAUAUCGCUUCAUUCCACGUGGACGGUGGAGAUGCUGCGUUGCAGAGUGCGGUCUUUCCUGUGGGUGUUUACAUCAGAUCAUUACGUUAACACAGAAACGGACCGGUUGCUUCAGAAGAGACCGAUCAAUCACCGUAAAUCAAACGCGUCUUCGACCCACGCGCCUUCUUCGUUCCCUAUUUCUCCACGCGCAGCCGUGUUGAUGGCUAACCCGCCAACGUUACCGAUCUCAGAUCAAUCUGGCGGUUCCCAAUCUCAGCAAACCCUCGGUACACCGGCGUUUCGCACUUUCCUCUCGCGCCUCUCGGCAUCGAUCCGCCAAAGCCUUUCGCAGCGACGGCCGUGGCUAGAGCUCGUAGAUCGGAGCGCGAUUUCGCGGCCGGAUUCUCUCACCGACGCGUAUUCUCGGAUUCGGAGGAAUCUCUCUUACUUCAAAGUAAAUUACGUGACGAUCGUCUCUCUGGUGCUCGCGCUCUCGCUCCUCUCGCAUCCUUUCUCCCUCCUCGUUCUCUUAUGCCUCUUCGGCGCGUGGAUCUUCCUCUACCUUUUCCGUCAGUCCGAUCAGCCGCUGGUAAUUCUCGGCCGUCCGUUCUCAGAUCGCGAGACGCUUGGAGUUUUGGUACUCUUGACAAUCGUCGUCGUCUUCUUAACCAGCGUCGGAUCUCUAUUGACAUCCGCGUUGAUGAUCGGUUUCGGAGUCGUAUGCUUACACGGCGCCUUUAGAGUGCCGGAGGAUCUCUUCUUGGACGAACAGGAACCUGCGAACACCGGAUUAUUGUCUUUCCUCAGCGGAGCCGCUACAUCCGCCGCAGUUGCCGCCGCCUCAGCUCCUGUGUCGGCUCGUGUUUGAUCAUGUGACAAACACAAACCAAUUUGCUUCUGAAGCAUUCUUCUCUAUAGACACAAACUGAUCAAUCUCUAUGAUCGUUUAUUUUGUCCUUUUCUAAGAAUUAAUUGAGGGGAAUUAAUGUAGAUUUGAGCUUGUUGGUUUUAAUUCCAGGAAUCAAGAUUCUGAUUUUGUUACCUCCAUUGUAGAGCAUGAUUAAUUCAGUCAGCAAUCUAUCGCA